ACAACCACACGCUCGGUACCCAUGGCCACCGCCACCGCCACAGCCAGCCAUGGCCUCGUCCGCGUCCCUGCAGCGCUUCCUCCUCCCGCCCUCCCCACACGCGGCGUCGUCCCACCGGCGCCCCGGCCGCGCCCUCCCCGCGCAGCGGCAGUGCCCGGCCAUCUCCGCCUCCGCGCCGUCGUCCCCGCCGGCCGUCGCGGCGGAGCGGCUGGAGCCGAGGGUCGAGGAGCGGGACGGCGGGUACUGGGUGCUCAAGGAGAAGUACCGCACGGGGCUGAACCCGCAGGAGAAGGUGAAGCUGGAGAAGGAGCCCAUGAGGCUGUUCAUGGAGGAAGGCAUCCAGGACCUCGCCAAGAUUCCCAUGGAGAAGAUCGACGCCGCCAAGCUCACCAAGGACGACGUCGACGUCCGGCUCAAGUGGCUUGGGCUCUUCCACCGCCGCAAGCACCAGUACGGUCGCUUCAUGAUGCGGCUGAAGCUGCCGAACGGGGUGACGACGAGCGAGCAGACGCGGUACCUGGCCAGCGUCAUCGAGGCGUACGGCGAGGAUGGGUGCGCCGACGUGACCACCCGGCAGAACUGGCAGAUCCGCGGGGUCACGCUCCCGGACGUGCCGGCCAUCCUCGACGGGCUCCGCGCCGUCGGCCUCACCAGCCUGCAGAGCGGCAUGGACAACGUGCGCAAUCCCGUCGGCAACCCCCUCGCCGGCAUCGACCCCGACGAGAUCGUCGACACGCGCCCCUACACCAACCUGCUCUCGUCCUACAUCACCAGCAACUCGCAGGGAAACCCCGCCGUCACCAACCUACCGAGGAAAUGGAACGUCUGUGUGAUCGGCUCGCACGAUCUGUACGAGCACCCGCACAUCAACGACCUCGCCUACUUGCCGGCCGUCAAGGACGGCAAGCUCGGCUUCAAUCUUCUGGUGGGUGGAUUCAUCAGCCCAAAGAGGUGGGCCGAGGCCUUGCCGCUUGACGCCUGGGUCGCCGGGGACGACGUCAUCCCGGUGUGCAAGGCCAUUCUCGAGGCGUAUCGGGACCUCGGCUUCAGAGGCAACCGGCAGAAGACGCGCAUGAUGUGGCUCAUCGAUGAGCUCGGAAUGGAAGUGUUCCGGUCGGAGGUGGAGAAGAGGAUGCCAAACGGGGUGCUAGAGCGCGCCGCGCCGGAGGACCUCAUCGACAAGAACCGGCAGAGGCGGGACUACCUCGGCGUGCACCCGCAGAAGCAGGAAGGCCUGUCCUACGUCGGCUUGCACGUGCCCGUGGGCCGGCUGCAGGCCGCGGACAUGUUCGAGCUCGCCCGCCUCGCCGACGAGUACGGCUCCGGCGAGCUUCGGCUCACGGUGGAGCAGAACAUCGUGCUCCCUAACGUCAAGAACGAGAAGCUCGACGUGCUGCUCGCCGAGCCGCUGCUGCAGCAGAGAUUCUCGCCGCGACCGUCGCUGCUGUUGAAGGGCCUGGUCGCGUGCACGGGCAACCAGUUCUGCGGGCAGGCCAUCAUCGAGACGAAGGUGCGGGCGCUGCAGGUGACGGAGGAAGUGGAGAAGCGCGUGUCAGUGCCCCGGCCGGUGCGCAUGCACUGGACCGGCUGCCCCAACAGCUGCGGCCAGGUGCAGGUUGCCGACAUUGGCUUCAUGGGCUGCCUGACCAAGGACAGCAACGGAAAGAUCGUGGAGGCGGCGGACAUCUUCGUGGGCGGCCGCAUCGGCAGCGACUCGCACCUGGCCGACGUGUACAAGAAGUCCGUGCCGUGCAAGGACCUGGUGCCGAUCGUGGCCGACCUCCUGGUGGAGCGGUUCGGGGCCGUGCCCAGGGAAAGGGAGGAGGAUGAGGAAUAGGAGCACAAUUGUUUAUUGGCUCAGAGAUGAGUUGCUGUUUGUUGUAAAGUAGACGCUGCCUUCUUGACUUCUUCCAUGGCACAAUUGUUCUAUUCCACGAUUUGUUUUGCUGUUGUUGUAAUGUAGCCCAAAGUUCUCUUAUUCACGUUACAGAGAAUGAUGAUAAAUAAAGUAACACGCUGCAGGCCCAUCGAAA